AAAACCUUCGAGAAUCCCUUCCUCACUAAUGGGGUUGGGCGCACGUUCUAUAUAAACUGCCAUGAUCCAUUUGCUCACCAUUCAAACUCGCCUCCUAUGGCUUCACGAACAUCUCUUUCUGCCUCUGACUUUUCCGUUUAUCCUUCCGGUUCCACAUCCACAAGGCAUAAUAACACCCCAAUCCGACCUUCACCAAGUAAAGUCUGGAUCGAUCCUGCAGCAUUACCCGACUCUGGCGAUAUAUCAACUAUACAAGGCAAUGCACCUGACUAUGUGAAGCAGCUCAACAACAAUACCUACUUUUCAUAUGGCGUCGGUGACGAACAUUGCUUCGGAUAUCAGGUCGGAAAAGACGUCAAGUUCGUCGAUAUCAAUAUCGAUAGAAAAUUGGAGCGUCAAGGGAAAAUGGAAGCAACCACAGUAGCAGAAGUUACCGUCAAUAAGUAUAUGCUCAAUGGCGCGGGAAUGCUCCAUGGUGGUUGCAUAGCAUACCUCAUCGACAACUGCUGUAGCACUCCUCUAAUCGUUCUGGGAUUGGUCCAGAAUGUCAAUGGUGUGGGUGUCACUCAGUCAAUGAACGUACAAUACCACGCACCUGCUUCGAUUGGUACGCGAUUAAGUAUCAUCAGUACUUCCGUAUCUUUAGGAGGUCGCGUCAUGACAUCGAGAUGUGAGAUUCUUGACAAGAAAUCGGGCCGCGUAAUCGCAAGCGCGUUUCUAAAUAAGAUGCAACCAAAUAUCCCCAAGUUAUGAAGGAUACCUCACAGCGAAACUCGUACAUCCAUGGGAUUGAGAAUCUCAUGGUUGUGAAAAAAAUGAAAAGGUGCCAAUUUGGACAAUUUUCUGCAUGACCUCUAUGAUCUUUGAAUGAAGUCAUGUAUCCCGCUACUCUAUUUACUCUGUAGAUAUAAUUGUAGAUUACUCUUCUUCACCUGUAUACCCCCAGAUAACAAUCACACGUUUUACCAGCC